AUGGAGAGCUAUAUCGAAACAGAUUUGAUUGUUAAUCACAAGGACACGGAGUUAAGGUUGGGAUUACCUGGAACUAUUGUUAGAAGCAACAAGAGAUCUUUUUCACCGGAAACAAGUGUUGAAGAGUCUUCCGUUUGCAAUGCUUCUAGUUCCUCAACCAUAAGUGAUCAUGACCAAUGCAGUGUUCAACAACCUUCAAAGGUACAAGUAGUUGGAUGGCCACCAAUUAGAUCAUUUAGGAAGAACAGAUUACAACAGAAGAAAGAUGAAGAAGGAAGUGGAAUGUACGUGAAAGUGAGCAUGGCUGGUGCACCUUACUUGAGAAAGAUAGAUCUCAAUGUUUACAAAAGUUAUUCAGAACUUCUCAUAGCUUUGGAAAAUUUGUUCAACUGCACAUUUGGUGAAUAUUCAGAAAGAGAAGGGUAUAAGGGAUCUGAGCAUGCACCUACUUAUGAGGAUAAGGAUGGUGAUUGGAUGUUGGUUGGAGAUGUUCCAUGGAACAUGUUCAUAUCCUCCUGCAAGAGGUUGAAGAUAGUGAAAGGAUCAGAGGCAAAGGGGUUGGAAUGUUUAUGA